AUAUGUUGGUUGUAACCCCUGAUUCACAUUUAUUACGUGCUGUAGAUUAGGUACGUCAGGGCAGUCCGGGGUAGCUCCAUGGCGUCCCUAUUUAGUGGCAUGUCGGUGCUAUGACUUACAUAAUGGCAGAAUGCAGGUAAGUUGCUGGUACCUUGUAGCACCCCGCCAUCUGCUAUGAUGUACCUCAGGUACCAUACAGGUAGCUUUCCAAGGCAAGAAAGACCCCGCCAUCCAUCCCAUCCGUCCAUCAUCCACCAUGUCAGGCAGUCACGACGCGUUGCCUUGUCCUAGCUCAGACAAUUUCCUCUCGCACCAGAAUUGGUCGAAGCUGGCUUUUUUGAACCGUGGAUAGGUAGCUCGGACUGAACUUAGUAUGGGCUUACCGUUGAGAAUGGACAACAUACACGCACCAACAAUCCCGUCGGGACCAACCUCCCGUCCGAUCACCAAUGGCAAUGCAAAGCAGCUCUCCUUUGCCGAGCUUCAGCAAAAGAAGAAUAAUAUGGAGGCUGAGUUGAAAGCUCUAGGUGGCGUCCUAGACUCGCAUGGCGUUAAUAUGGAAACACCAUUGAUCACCCGGGAUGGUUUCCCAAGAGCCGACCUCGAUAUCGCACAAAUACGCACUGCACGCUCGCGGAUUAUUCAUCUGAAAAAUGACUAUAAGGACCUCAUGAAUGCCAUCGAGAAGCACCUUCACGAACAUUUCGCUAGCUUGCAAGCUGCAGACAACGAGUCAUCUACUACCAUGCCAGAGAAUGGGGCCACGAUGAUGGGGGACACGCUCCCAGAGACAUUAGAGGUGCCGUUCGCUAAGGUUAACAGCGUGGUUUCCGAAAGUCCGGCGGCUACCGCGGGCCUGAAACCUGGUGAUGAGAUUAGAAACUUUGGAUACGUAAACAAAAGUAACCAUGACGGUCUCAAGAAAGUAGCGGAAUGUGUCCAAGGCAAUGAAGGGCAACGGGUUCUGGUGAAAAUCUCACGACGGGCCAACUCAGAUUCACAGCAGGGCGCGCGACAGGAACUCCAGCUGUACAUAAUACCGCGCCGCAACUGGGGCGGCCGGGGUCUUCUUGGCUGCCACAUUCUUCCGAUCUAGUAAUCCUGUGAAGAAAGCAUCGGCGCAUGACAAAGAAUCUCUUACCUAUGCAUACCCUCUCGUAAAGUCUAUCAGCAGAUCAUAUCGAAUUUGUGUGGUAAAGCUAGGACAGUAUCCAGAUACCAUUGCAUAGGUUUAUGAGCAUAAUGAAUGGUCCCAGCUGACAGCCGCAGCCUUCAAGGCUAGCUACCUAAGGUAGGUAUAUGGAGAAUCAGCGAAUUCGCCAACAAACACUUAGGGAGAGCUCAAUUAACU